AUGGAAUAUAUGAAGAAUGUCUAUCAGUUUGCACCGAGUAAACGAGCGUUUCAAACCCAAUUCAAGCGAUGGGGAUUCCCGUCCAAACAGAAUCCAGCACACAAGAAUGUCGAACUCGUGGCGCGCGUCAAACAGCUCUGGGAGCGAAACACCAGCCAACGAGACAUGCUGCGCAUGCUCAACGAGGAAGGGUUCGAGAUCAAGGAGCGGGAGCUGAUGCGGGUGCGCGCCAAGAAUCGUUGGCUGCUUCGCGUCCCCAACGGCAUGAAGUCGCAGUCGAGGAUGAUGCAGACGCCCGUGCCGCAAUUACCGGAGGAUGAAGGUCUCCUGGCGCUGCAGCAGGAGGUGUAUAAGUCUGGGUUGGCCUAUGAAGAGCCCGAGGAGCCUCUUGUCCCCGCUGUCCCCGCUGUCCCUGCUGCCACCACCACCGUCGCCACCGCCGACGACGCGUCGACUUCACCGACAGCCUCUCCAGCCUUGUCGGUUGAGGCUCUGGCCAAGCGCAAAGAGCGAAUGGACAAGUUGAAGGCAGAGAGUGCGGAGCGCUGGGCGAAUCGGAAACGACGGCGGCGCACGCGCGGAUGGGCAGGCAUGCCAGCGGAUCCUCCAGGGCCGCCCCGAUUUCCCUCGGAGACGACGAUUGACGAGAGUAAGAAGUACCUGAACCUGGAUAAUGUGAUGUAUCGGCAGAUUCGGGACCAGUUUCAACAGAUCUGUGAGGAAGCAGGCUUCAUCAAGAAGACGGUGGCUGGGCCCGAGCGAUGGCAGGAGGCGAAGAACAAGUUGAUCCAGGAGUCGUACCACCUCCAGCAGGUGUUUCACGAUCAGAAUCAACUGGACGUGAAGUCGUUGGCGUUGGAUGUUGUCUGUACUGAUGUGACGAAGCGGAUGCGCACGCUGGAGCGCCGGAUGACCAUUGCCGAGGCGAAAAAUGCUCUGGGCAUCAACCCGGAGGAGAGUCGUCAGAUUCGGAAUGCAUUCUACAAUACUCUCAAGGCGGAUCAUUUCACCAGUAAGCUGGAAGCGGGCGACGAACAUUGGAAGGAAUUGAAGGAACAAUGGAUCCAGAACUCGGAGCUUCUACGGCGCAUUCUCGCCCCCGGCGCUGCGGAUCCCGAGCAUACGACCAAGCUCAAGGCCCUCGAGGUCCUUUGUCGCGACGUCAUGAAACGACUUCGCGAUGACCAAACCAAGCGACAUCCCGCCCGGAAGUCGUCGGUCACACACUCUCAUGUGCCCAGCCCGGAUCUAGAGAGCCCCCCAGUCAGCGUCAGUGCUACCUUCGGCAGUGGCAUCGCGAAUGGCAUCAGCACCCUGGCUUCGCAGGCCCUGGCCAGUGCAUCAGUGUCGAACAGCGAUUUGGGCGACAUCCAGAUUGACCCUUCUCUGUUGCAAGCUGCUAACGACCCGUCCUUUGCCACCGCUGCUCAUGCUGACUCGGGCCAUGCCUUUGGCUAUGUGGAUCCGAUGCUGGGGUCGUCCCUCUUGCACGUGCCCGUCUAUCUCCGCAUUCACCCCCAGAGUCCAUUGCAUGGAGACGCUAAGACCUGGGUGGAUAAGUUAACCGCCAGAUCGGUGACGGAACUCCAGCAAUUGGUUGCAGCGAGAUAUCCUGACGCGGUCAUCACAAAAAUCGAGGGUACUGACCGCGACGAGAAAGGUAACGAGAUCUCGUUUGUCAUCGACGAGGAGCACGAGCUGGAUGCCUAUCUAACUCAUGUCCAUGGAAGGAAAGCGACGUUUGUCUUUUCCUUGGACCAAAUUUGA